AAAAGGCAUUUGAUUCAUGAAUAAAAAUCCGGACACCACCACGGGGGCAACAAACAAUAUUGCCCGUCCUCUAAGGCAACAAGCAGGCAAAUGUUUACGAAGAGGGCUCUUGCUGAAGCGGGGUGUUUGCAAAGAUUUUCUUGCUAAUUGCGUAUCAGACGGAAGGCUGCGGAAGGCUGGUCAAGUUUGGAGCCACCGUGCAGGAAGAGAAGAAGAAGAGAAGGCUGAAGGCAGGCGCUCAGUGAGGGCAGAGAUCUGGGGAAGACAACAUCGCACGCAGCCAGCCCGCGGCUCCCGCCUCCGCUCCCUCCCGGGCUCGCUUGCUCUCUUCCCUCUUCUGCGCUCCUUUCUCAGGCGACAUAUCGCUCCAUCCCUCUUUCUCCCUUCCCUUGUAGACCCCACUCCAGAUCUGUGCUGCUACCUGCAAACUUUUUUCCCUUUAUCUUUUUUCGCCCCUUCCUCUUUCUGUUUUUCUUUUUGGAGUGAAUUGCUUGCUGCUUUCGUUGCCAGGCUGGAGGAUGAAGUCUACGACGAGGACGGGAACACCCUGCAGGACUUCGCCUACGACCACGAACCCCUCGGCAUAGCGAAUCCGCCCUCCAUGAUCGGCGAGAUGUACACCUUGUAUUACCCACCGGAAAAGAGGCACGCCGAUGGGAUCUUCAACAAAGCCUACAGGAAACUCCUUGGCCAGUUAUCCGCCAGGAAAUAUCUGCACUCCCUGAUGGCCAAGCGGGUCGGCGGUGCCAGCGGCGGCCUGGGGGACGAGGCGGAACCGCUGACCAAGCGGCACAUAGACGGCAUCUUCACGGACAGCUACAGCCGCUACCGGAAACAAAUGGCUGUCAAGAAAUACUUAGCAGCCGUCCUGGGGAAAAGGUAUAAACAAAGAGUUAAAAACAAAGGACGCCGAGUAGCGUAUUUGUAGCGAUGUGAGUAACCAGCCACUCCUGUGUAUACAAAGUCCUAAGGGAGAGAGAGAGAGAGAGAGAAAGAGAGAGAGAGAAAGAGAGAGAGAGAGAGAGAUAAACCCAACAACAAGAACAAAAAAAUCUAAACAAAAACAAAAGUCAUUUCCAAACUGACUGAACAAUCACCGCUCCUGUGUUAUCUAAACAUGUAUUUAUGUAUGAAGUAAAGCCAUUAAAUGAAUAUUUUGAUAAUAAUAUUGUUUUUCUUUUGUACAAAAGCACUAGAGAAACGCACAGAUCUACUUUGUGGACCAAUCAUUAAGUUAUAUAUAAUAUAUAAAUAUAUAUAUAUAUAUACUACUAAGAAUACUAAAGAACAAUUCUUCAUGAAAAGCCUGCACAAGAACAAGAAUUCGCUGAGCUGUUUAUGUUUUUAUAUAAAAUAAAUAGAAAAAAAAAGACAAUCAUUGUUUUGAAUAUUACUCCUAUUUUUGUAACAGAAAUUAAAAGGAUAGUAUUUUUAUCCGCAACAGGGUCGAAGACAUUAAUUAUCACCAUUUGCUACUGUACAUAGAGAAGGAUGACCUGCUCCCAGGGGAAUUAUGAGGAAAUUGAUUUGGGAGAAUUGGUAAAGCAGAUACUUCCCCUAGUGAGUCUCAAGGCAGGCUCCUUUGCCACUAGCCUCUCUGAUGGGGCAGAGUCCCCUUUCCUCUAGAUUUCGAUUAUUUUUUUUCUCUCCUGCUUUAUUUGAUUACAAUUGUAUCUGUAUUAGUGUCUCCUCAAACAAUGAGCUUAGAGGAUAAUUCUCUUGCAAAAACAACAGCUCGAUCCAAAUUGUGCAUCUCUGUUGCCUAUUGGAGGGAGAAAUAGUUAAAAAAACCAUAACCAAAAGAACAAUAGCAAAAAUCAAAUUAAAACUAAAGAAAGCCAAACUCUUAAACCCCAACCCAAAAUUCCGAACCAGCAGCAAGGAUAGUAAGUACUAAGCCCCGUGCACUGUUCUUCUGACUGGCUGGGCAGAGUUGCAGAACAAAGCCAAAGCGGAGACAGGACCCGUUUGGAAAGAGUGGGGAAGUGAGCGGGGGCGGCCCCCAGCGCGCCCCGGGGCCGGAGCUGGUACCGGAGCCGGUGCCGCAGGGUCGAGGUAAGACGAGGCGAUCCCACCUCCGAUCCGCUACCCAACUGCCCCGGGCAGCUCGGUACUGGACCUGGAUGCAAAGUACAGUGUGUUACUCUCCAGUGCUGUCCAUGCUUCUCAUCAUGUGUAAUAAUGAGCAGGGUUCUUGCCUUUGCAUUUUUCGGUCGGAGUUGCUCUUUUCUUUGAUUGCUUUUUCUUGUAGACCCUCCCGCCUCUCAUCCUCUCUUCGAACUUUUCUGAGCUCUGUUUAACCCACCUGAGUCACCUUUUUGGGUUAUGUUCUUUUUGGAAAAAAAAAAAAAAAGAUUGUGAACGCUCUCUCACUCCUUUGUUCUGUUUUAUGCAAGCUCUUAUUGUACAAGUUUAGGAACCCCUGUUGUAGCUACCACUAAAGAAUUAUGCACUACUACGAAAGUUUUUGUUCCUUGUUUAUUGAGUUUGGAGGUAAAAUGUAUUUUUCUACAUUCUGGCUUAUUGCUUAGUAAAAUUUAUUUCAUAAAACAAACUUUUGUCAUAAAAGAA